AUGGCGGAAGGUGGUGGGCCACCCGAACUUCAAGCUCAGAAAAAUCAGAUUUCUGACCUACUGAAGACAUCUCUGAAAAAGGGAGAUAUAUGGUACCUCCUUGACAGCAAAUGGUUCAAACAGUGGAAGAAAUAUGUCGGAUAUGACAGUUGGGAUAUGUACAACCUUGGAAAUGAGACGAGCAAUCCAGGCCCCAUCGACAACUCGGGACUGUUUGUUGAAGGGACAACGGACAAACUGAAAGAGAAUUUGAUUGAUGAUCUGGACUACGUGCUACUGCCAGCCGAUGCUUGGGAGAAGCUGACCUCCUGGUACGGCACCACCCCUAAUGAAGAACCCAUCAAACGCAAAGUGGUGGAGUACGGCAUGUUUGUCAAACAUUGCAAGGUGGAGGUCUACCUGAUGGAGCUUAAGCUGAGUGAGCACGGCAGCCCAGAUAAUUGUGUGUCUCACCAGUUCAGUAAAGCAGACACUAUAGAAACCAUCGAGAAAGAAAUGAAGAAGCAGUUUAACAUCAGUGAGGAUCGAGAGACAAGACUAUGGAAUAAGUACAUGAGUAAUACAUAUGAACACCUCAGUAAGAAAGAGAACACUGUGCAAGAUGCAGGACUCUAUCAGGGACAGGUUUUGGUGAUCGAGCAGAAGAAUGAGGACGGUAACUGGCCUCGACAAGUCCCCACCACAUCCAGUUAUAGCAGUACCAAAGACUCAAGCAAAUAUAUCUCCAGCUCCACUUCAUCAAGAAGCUCCCCAUCCACAUAUAGCUCGUACAGCGGUAACUCCUACUCCAGCUACAGUAGCUCUAGCAAUUAUGAUUACAACAAUGGUAGUAGCCGAUCUGGCCUUCAGCCUGGUCUCUGUGGACUGAGCAAUCUCGGCAACACAUGCUUCAUGAACUCAGCAUUACAGUGUAUGAGUAACGUACCACUACUGUCUGAAUACUUUCUUAGUGAAUCUUACAAGAAAGAGAUGAACUUCAAUAACCCAUUGGGAAUGCAUGGAGAGAUAGCCAAAUCCUAUGCCGAUCUUAUUAAACAAAUGUGGUCAGGGUCGUAUUCAUACACAGUGCCUAGAAACUUUAAGAUGCAAGUGGGACGAUUUGCGCCUCAAUUCUCUGGGUUCCAGCAGCAGGAUUCCCAAGAGCUGUUGGCUUUCUUGCUGGAUGGACUUCAUGAAGACCUGAACAGGAUCCAAAAGAAGCCUUACAUCGAGAUGAAAGAGAGCAAUGGUAGACCAGAUGAGCUUGUUGCCAAGGAGGCGUGGGCGAACCAUCGGCGGCGCAAUGACUCUAUCAUCGUGGAUCUCUUCCACGGUCAGUUCAAGUCUACUCUGGUGUGUCCUGAAUGCAGCAAGGUGUCAGUGACCUUUGACCCCUUCUGCUUCCUCAGCUUACCAUUGCCAAUCAAGAAGGAGAGAUCGAUGGAGAUUGUCCUGAUCCGACUUGAUCCCAAGUGUCGGCCACAGCAAAUGAAGGUUGUCGUUCCCAAAUUGGGUAUGGUGUACGACAUCUGCAAAGCCGUGUCUAAAGUUACCAAGAUCUCUCCAGACAAGAUGGUUGUAACUGAUGUAUACAACCACCGUUUCCACAUAGUAUUUCCACCCAAUGAUCGCAUCAAGAAUAUUACAGAUAAAGAUGAUAUUUAUGUUUAUGAAGUUCCUGUCAAUGUAGCAGAUGAUCCUGAGUACGUCAUACUGCCUGUAUACCUCAGAGAAAAAAGCUCAAAGAGUUCAUCGUACAGCUACAGUCAAAACAGUUACAAUCUGUUUGGUCAGCCUAUGCUGGUACCAGUCCCUCGCAAGAAUAUAGCAUUUCAAGAACUCUACAGACUCAUUCUCAACAAGAUGUCGAGAUACGUUAGUAUACCUGAAAACGAAAACUGGCUGAAGGAUGACAAUGAUGGCAAUGAAAUCAUAGAAAAUGGAGAAACGGACAUGGACUCUGAUUCUGACUCUCAGGAGAACAAUGGCGCUGAAGAGAACGGAAGAUGCGGUAACCUUAACAACGAGAAGAAAGAGGACAAGAAGGGAUCAACGCUGUUUGGUAUGACGCUGGUUAACUCCUAUGGUAGUGCAGUGCUGGCCAAACUCAAGGAUGAUGGCAACCCUAUCAAAUUCACAAAUCGCUCCUAUGUUGCCUUAGACUGGUACCCUAAAGCUAAGGAUAAGUUCUACGGUGAUGAAGAGUCUGAGGCAUAUGACAUCCAUGAAAGUAUGAACUACCAAAGUACGUCAAGAAGGCAACAGAUUGACCUGAGUGACUGUAUAAAUCUCUUCAUCACUGAAGAAACACUGGAAAGAGAGGACUCGUGGUACUGUCCCGAAUGCAAAAAACAUCAAGAGGCUACUAAAAAGUUUGAUUUGUGGAGACUACCCAAGAUCCUUGUAGUUCAUCUAAAACGCUUCUCGUAUACAAGGUUCUGGAGAGACAAGCUGGACACAGUCGUCAAUUUCCCUCUGGAGGAUCUAGACAUGUCACAGUAUGUAAUAAAUCCAAAUGAUGGACCCUACCAGUAUGAUUUGGGAGCUGUUGUUAACCACUACGGAGGACUAGGAGGCGGUCAUUAUUUCUCAUAUGCAAAGAACGUGAAGACGAAACAGUGGUACAACUUUGAUGAUAGUUCUGUGUCUAAGGUUGAUGCUGACUCUGUCGUGACAAAGGGAGCCUAUGUUCUAUUCUACAUCCGUAAAGACUGUCAGGAUACAUCGGAUCGGUCGGGGAUCCCAGCCUCCCUCUCUCAAGCUGAACCAGAGGAUGACGCUGAACUCAGCAAUGGCGCGCUGACAAACGGUCAACAAUCAUCCAGCGGUGACUUGUCUGAGGAUGGAGAUGAGAUGGAUACCAACUAAAAGCUGGUUCCUGACAUCAACCAAUAAAACUGUGUGAUUCUGUCGUAGGACUUGAACGAGUUCUCUAGUAUAAUUGUUACAGACUUUGUUGAGAGGGUUUUGUUUAUAGGGUUAAGCCUUUAGAUUGAUACACUAUUUGAAGCUGGAGUAUGAUAAACUAUAAGUACAUACCCCUUGCCGAUGCAUCAAAUUGCAGCCCUAUCUCCCCAUUGGGUUGUCAAAUUACUCAAAAUGUUUGAUGCAAGUAGGUGUUUUAAGGUACGCACUACUUUUCAUAGGAUUCAAACUUAAUUAGUCUACAAGGCGCCUGUGGAAACUUUUCCGCUGACUCGGAGAACACUUUGUAUACAGUGUUGAUCAUACACCGGUGUAGUUAGUUCCUGAUGUAAACCAAACCAGUUUUAGGGCAACUUUGGAUUUGGUUUUGAGCUACGUCAAGCAUUCUCAUUAUACUACUUGGCCAAGUAGUUCACUGACCAACCAUACAAAGAAUUUGAUAGAACUACAACAUGCUGCAUGCGGUAUUUACAUAAGAGGCAUCAUGUUGCAUUAACAAAAUGACUAUCAUUGCCUGUAGUGAUGGUCGACUUUACACUGUGUGACAUGAAAGGGAAGCCUUCUGUUGGACAGCAUAGAGUCAUAAGGCACAGCGUGUGGGGAUAACCUCUGAAUCAGCACUGCAGUUAAUAAUGUUUGUCAUGAUGUAACCAUUUCUGAUUUCUUCCAUGUUCAUCCAAGUCACCAAAGUGAAUCUGAAUUUGGAAAUGGUCUGGCUCCCGACUUGAAUCAGUGCUUUGGUCUAUCAGUCCAAAAAAGUCUGGUCUUGAAAGUGUCUAUUUAUUGCUUUUCCUAAAGGCCCAUCUGUGGAAGGAAUGUUCCUGUAGCUGAUUUC